AUGAAAAUCGACGUGGGAAGCUUCGCGGUUCUAUCCGCCGCCUUCUCCUCUGUCGCUGCGACUCAUCUGGGCUUCAACUAUGGCGCAUUCUUCACUGACGGGAAUCCCAGGACACAGAAGGACUUUGAGGAUGAGUUCAACACAGCCCGCGGCCUAGCAAAUUCGCCCCAUGACGGAUUCACCAGUGCCCGUCUGUAUACCAUGGUUGUGAGACGUCAUCUCAGCCAUCCCCGCCGCCAUCGCCACCAACACCUCCCUCCUGCUCGCAUAUGGUGCUCGGCGGGCGACGCGGGCGUCACCAACGAACUGGCCGCUCUCCACGCCGCCAUCAACACCUACGGCGCCAACUUCACCGCCCUCGUCGUGGGGCUCUCGGUCGGCAGCGAAGACCUAUACCGCAACAGCGCCACGGCAAAGGCCAACAACGAGACAGACCCGGGCCUCGACCCGGCCACGCUGGUGGGCUACAUCCACCGCGUGCGGGCCUCCGCCGGCGUCCGCGCGGCCGUCGACUGGCUCGGCAUGGACGCCUACUCGUACUGGCAGCGCGAGCAGGCCAACGCCGUGGACCAGGGCAAGCACCUGUUCGACUUGGCGCUGAACCAGACGCGUGCGGCCGCCGCCGACGCUGCUGGGUCGGCGGGGGGGAAGAAGCCGGUCUGGAUCACCGAGACCGGGUGGCCCGUCAGCGGGGAGAAGCAGAACGAGGCCGUUGCGUCGGCCGAGAAUGCGAAGCGGUUUUGGGAUGACAAUGUCUGGUGGUAUACCCUGCGGGAUUCUUCGGCCAAGGGCACGGCGCAGCCGAGUUUUGGGAUUGUGGGCGCUGAUCUGGCGAAGGGGCCGCUCUUUGAUAUUUCUUGUGGCGGGAGGGUGGAAGAGCCUGAGGCGUGCGAUGCGAUGUGA